AUGUCUCUUCCUCCGUACACGCCCGCCGAGCCCUCCAAGGAGGCUUUGGACUACGUAACCCUCGUCAACCUCGACCUCGCCAAGUUCGACACUGAAUCCGGUCGCCGCGAACUCGCAGCCAGCCUCUACGAAGCAGCGAUCGGCCAUGGCUUCCUAACCCUAACGAACCACGGCAUCUCGGACGAGGUCUACCAGCGCCAGAUGCAGCUCGCCAACGCCGUGAUGACCCUCCCUCCUGAAGAGAAGGCGCCGUACGAAGUUACUCCGGAGGAAGAUGCCCGGGGACUCUACGUCGGUUUCAAGCCCGCCGGACCGCUCGGGCACAAGGGAGGAUUCCCGAAGCAACUGGACCACUACAAUAUUCUGGUGCACGACCCCAAGAACCGACCUCAUCCAGAGGUCCUUCGGCCCUAUCUCCAGGAGACGCAAGAGGUCAUGCACUUCAUCCGCAGCAACAUCCUAAAAAAGUUGCUCACGCUGAUGGCAAUGGUCCUCGAGGUCCCCGAAGAGGAGAUCCUCGCUACGCACGCCCCUGGUGGCUCCAAGACCGAGUACAUCCGCUACAUGAUGUGCGAGCCGCGACCGAAGGAAGAGAGCGAGAAAUACCGCGACAUCUUCCUGUCGGGCCAUACGGAUUGGGGCAGCUGGACCUUCCUCUUUUCACAGCCGAUCUCUGCCCUGCAAGUCCUAGACCACACCGACGGCGUCUACCGCUGGGUGCGUCACCAGCCCAAGGGCCUCGUCAUCAACUUCGGUGAAGCCCUAGAACGGCUUACAGGAGGCCUCUUCAAAGCGACUAUUCACCGCGUGGUCCAACCGCCCGUUGACCAGCGACACUUGCGCCGCAUUGGCGUCAUCUACUUUGCCCGACCGGCUGAUGAGCAGGAGCUCUCGCCGCUGAAAAGCUCACCUCUUCUUACGAGGCUGGGAAGGGACAAACCCAUGGACGAUAGGGUUUUCUGUAUGGCGGACUAUCUCGACGCCCGCAAGCACGGAUGGAAGCGCUACGAGUAUGACAUUGACCGUCCGGCUGAUCCGACCAAGCAUGCGGACUUCUUUGCAGGAGAGUACCCUGACCCGGAGGGGCACAAGAGCCUGGGCAAGUUUGAUGAUGUGCCGAGGGAGGUCUAUGUGCCUCAAUUGAAGCUGGAGGCUGCUUGA